AGCAGCCGGCCAGCCAGUCUAGGCGUGGGUGUGUGGACUGCCGGGCGGAGGGUGACGGGAGCCGCUGCCGUGAGGUGCAAAAUAUUCAAGAGAUUUUUGACUCGUCUUGAACAUCGUCUAAUGGAGUUAUGUAAAGAUAUUUGUCGAUCGGAAACGGAGUCAAAUGUACGUUUACUUGUUAUUUCGAGCUCAAAGUGACGUGUGUUGGGGUUCGACAACACUAACUCAUGUGGCAUCUCUUACCUGCCAGUGACUCUGUGCUGGUGACGAGGGCGAUGUUCUGAAGAUUGCGAGUCUUGGCAAGGACAGUAUGCGGCGAAGCAGCCCCCGGAGUCCCCGGAGCCAGCUGCUCCUCGUCCUGCUGCUGGCGGCCUUCACGCGGGCCCAGGAGGCGGCGGACCUGAACGACGCGGUCAAGCUGGAACAGACGGACGCAGUUCGCGCAUUACUCUCGGCCGGUGCAAACGUCAAUGUCACUGAUAGUCUUGGCUGGACGCCGCUCCAUAACGCUGCCUACACGGGCCAGGCUGACAUGGUGCGCGUUUUGCUGAUGCACCAAGCAAACCCUGACACACCCGAACCCGUCCAUGGCCGUUCAUCGCUCCACCUGGCAGCUUACAGCGGCCACGCAGAGGUGGUGUCGCUCCUGCUGGACGCCGGGGCCACCAUCGACCUGAGAGAUGAACAUGGUCAGUCUGCCCUGCACCUGGGGGUGUGGCGGGGCCAGGUGGGUGUGGUGGCUACUCUGCUGCAGCGAGAGGCGCAGGUGGACGCCCAAGAUGACAGAGGCAGCACACCCAUAAUGCUGGCUGCCAUCCAGGACACUCCUGAGGUCACCAGGGAACUCCUUCCAUAUUGUCCAGACCUCAGGAUACCCAACAAGCAAGGUCAAAAUGUCAUGCAGUAUGUAAAGAAAGGGAAUCUCACCAGGAUGCAAGACAUUGUUUUAGAACACUUGCAACGUCCCUGCCGCCGGUCAGUUCUCCAAAUGGUCCCAGCCUCACCAAGCAAGACCAGUACUGUAGAAGGUAAGGAAUGUCCAGCUGGUGAAAAGAAGCAUCCAGAUGAUGAUGCCCCUCAUCGCUGGUGGCUGCCGACAACACCAGUGGGGAAGAGUGUUGGCCUCCCCUGCCCCUCAGGUAAUAAUGGCUCGGCUACUUGGACCUGUGGCAGGGACGGGGUGUGGCAGAGAACAGCAGACCUCAGCCAUUGUCGAGCAGUGGUGUUCAGCGGGUGGCAGGGCGUGGUCACCAUGGAAAACAUAUCUGCCGCCAAAACCAUGAAGGAUGUCGCCCUCAGCCUGGAGUCCGUCACCCUCGCCGCAGGGGACCUCAUCACCCUCUCCCUCAUACUGAAGAGGCUGUCGGAGAAACACACAGGGAAUGUACACCCCUCUCACACACCUCUGCAGACCUUCAUAGAGGCACAACAUUUUGUCCAAGGGUUGACAGCUGUGGUCGACAUGAUGCUGUCAAGACCCUCGGCGUGGUGGGGGUUGCCUCAGGACCAGAUGGCUGUCUCUCUGUCACACAUCCAGACGUCCCUUGCCUCAGCUGCCCUCACUCUGGCCGCCUUUCAAAAAACGCCAGUGCAGGAACUCUCCCAAGACACGCUCUAUGUAAAGGUGGUGCAGCAGCCGCCAGCGUACUUCAGCCCAGCCUCGCACAGAACCUUCUCCCACCCUGAGCACAACCACACAGCCCUCACUCUGCCGCCUCGCUUCUAUCAGGGUUAUGCAGAGCACCUCAACACUGUCAAGGUGGCAUUUGUGUCUUACAGCAAUCUUCACUGCAUUUUCAACUCACUUCCUUGUGAUGCUGAGAAGUUGCGGGUGGCAGUGGACUUGCCAGCUUAUGGACAGAUAAACGGUGCGAUCCUUGGUGCCAGCGUUGGGGCCGACACCAUCUGGCAUGCUCCACUUGGCAUGGUGGCAGAAGUAAAUUUCCAACACGUCUAUGAUGGCGACUCAUUUCGGCUCCAUGGUGCAACCUGUGUGUGGUGGGAUGAACAUGCUGUCGGGUGGGCCACUGACGGCUGCCGGCUGGUGCUCACCUCACCCACCCACACUGUCUGCCACUGCAACCACCUGGCGAACAUGGCUGUCAUGAUGGACGUUGAAGGCCCAAUGGAGAAGUCUAGGGUAAUGGAUAAUGUGAUGAAGUGUGUGAUAGUGGUUGGCUGUGUGGUGUCCGUGGCGACGCUGGCAUUGUGCGUGUUCUGCCUCUUGAUCCUGAAAGACAUGCGAGGGAAGACAAGCAAAGUGAUACAAGCCAACCUGUGCCUUUGCCUCGUGGCCACGGAGCUCGUUGUGUUGGGGAGUCUCGGGGCCUCGGGGAAGCCUGGGCCGUGUGCUGCCAUCGUCGCCGUCUUCCACUACCUGACUCUCACCACCUUCAUCUGGAGCGCCAUUGAAGCAGUGCACAACUAUGUCAGUGGUAUUAAGGGCAAGGCGGUGGGUCGUUGGGUGAUGCGGUGCUGCCCUCUCGUUGCCUACCUUGUGCCUCUGCUCUACGUUGCCGCCAUCCACGCUCUGACCUCGUCCCUGGCACACCACACACACCCAGAUGUCAUUCAAGGACUCAAAUGCUACUUCCACACGUCUUUUAUCUCCUCAUCGCAUCAUUCUGCAAGCAUCAUUCUCAUUUUCCUCUUUUCUCACAAGUGCCGCCUCUCCCCGCGGAGCCUGGGAUGGACGGUGGCCUCUCCCCUUGCCACCAUUGUCCUAGUGAAUGUUGUGGCCCUGAUGAUGAGUGGACGAGACUCUUGCUGCCACAAGGGAAAGAAGGAGACUAAAACCACUGGUCACAGUUUCUGCAGCUCUUUUUCUGUCUUCCUCCUGCUUUGCUUCACAUGGAUCACUGGGCUUCUCUACUUCAUCGAAGGUUCUCAUGAGGCAGCGCUGGUUUUUACUAUUCUCAAUUUUUUACUUGGAGUAAGCAUUCUUUUUUUACAAAUUAUAAUGGAACAAAGUGGAGCAAAACAAUGAAAUAUAUGUAUUUUGUGUUUAUUUUAUAAUUUAUUUAGCCAAAUAAGUCACACCCUCAGGUUAUAUUACACUGUGAACCUCUUGAUGUCCUCUUCACCAAGGAAAGACUGUCCAUAAAGGUGGGUUAGUAUUUUAGUUUUAUCAGUGCCUUUACAUGCACAGAAUCAUUGUCUUGUGUGACUUCUUUAUUCCUUUCACAUCUCUCCUUCAUACAACUAGUAGGUUUAUCUUCUACUACCACACUUUGUACUGUCAAAUCAUUUUUCACAUGUCGGAUUUCCAAAGCCUCCAAAUCUUCGUAUUAAGUAAUAAAACAACACUGCAGUUU